AUGGGCACUGCCGUCUUGUUUGAGAAGGUCCUCACCGGAAGCGAUGCCAGCGGAAAUGGAAGGAUUGUGAUUCCAAAGGGUCAGGCGGAGAGCCAUUUUCCGGAGAUUGAGGCCCAGACCGGGCAGAACUUCGUCGUGAUGGACACCUACGGCAAGAAGCACACCUUCCGGUUUCGCUUCUGGAUCAACAAUGCCUCCCGCAUGUAUCUGCUGGAGAACACCCAGGACGUCCUGAACCGGUAUGCCAUGCAGGCAGGCGAUGUCCUCAUCUUCUCCAGGAGCCCCGAGGGCCAGUACUGCGUCUGUGGCCGUCAGGGCACCAAAGAAGAUGUAUCAAGGAAGACCGCCACCAAGAGGCUGACGGAGGGAGCAAGCAGCAAGCGCGGCGGCAAGACAUCCAAGCAACCCCACACGGACCUGGCGAGGACCAAGCGCAUGAAGUCGAAGCAUGAGGCCUCGCAGGUGCAGAGCGUCUACUCCUCCUACUGGUCGGGCUACUCCCUCCCGCCCCGCCGCGACGGCGUGUUCCGGGCCGUCCCCAACGCCUCUGGGCACGAGACCGGGAAGGUCAUGGCCCAGUGCGGCUGCUGGACCGCCAUCGUCGACCUGUGCGGCGAGGCGUUCCAGGCCUUCUUUGAGACGGCGGAGUCGGCGGCCGAGGCGUUGGAGGCGGCGCUGCAUGCGCCGCCCAUGCCCCCGCCUCCCAUGCCCCCGCCGGCCCCGCUGCCCGCAGAGCCUCGGCACCCCCUGGCCCCCCGCGCAUCCCUGGGCCAGCUGGCGGAGGCCGCCGCGAUGAUGCCGGGGCUGUCCCACAUGUCCGGCAGGAACCUCGGCCCCCCCCUGGGCCUCGCAGCGUGA